CAAAAUUUCACACACAAGCAAAUAUUUUUUUGUUAUUAUUGAACAGUAAAGAAGAACAACGCGAAAGGAAAACGAGCUUGCGGAUGUGAAAAGCAAAGCGGGUGUGUGGAAAACGGCAACAACAAAAGGCGAACGGGGGAAAGCCAAAGGAAAACUAAUCGCGGGGGAGCGAAAAUCGGCAGGGAAACACGGACAAGAAGAGGAAGAAUAGGAAUCAGAAUAGGAGAGCAAGCUGAAGAAGAAGCAGCGCAGCCGCUAAUUGUCUCGUCGUUCGUUGUUGUUGCUGUUUGCAAAAAAAAGAAACCGAAAAAGAAAUUGCAGAAAAAUAAAGCAAACAAAUUCAAUAAAACGAUUUGAACGAUUAGCAAGUUAAUAAACGCAACAUAAAACCAAAGGAACGAACGGCAGUGGCAAAGGAAAAGGCAAAAAGAAGAACAACCGAAAAGGUCAAAAAAUUUAGUAAUCAAAUUGCACAAAAUGGCAGAGAAACGAGCAGAUCAAUAAUAAUAAUAACAAAAAGGAAAGGAGCAAAUGUAACGGUGAGUGUGUGUGCGUGAGGCAAACAACAAAAAACAGCAAAGAAACAUUUUUAACUAAAAUGUGGAAACCAAGCAAGGAAACAACAAAAGCUACAAUAACAACAACAACGACAGCUUGGAGCAGCGCAGCCAGCAGCGACGUCGCCGCAUGGAAAGCACAAAAAACCGCAUGACAAGGAAAUGGAAAAUUUUUGUGCAGCCCAAAAAACCAAAUGUGAACAUAAAGGAAAGGCCGACAGCGAGGCGUUGAGCAAACGAAAAACAAAAUACAACAAAAAUACAAAAACGUGUGUGUGUGUGUGUGCGUGUGUGUUUUUCAUUCGAAUAAUCGAAGAAUAAUAGUAAUAAUAAUAAGAGUCAAGGAAGAAGCGGCAUUCGAAAGAGAACAAAAUAAGCGAAAGAAGAAGCAGAUGUAAUAACUAAAGAAGAAGCACAUCAGCAGAUCUAUGAGAAGAAGAAGAAGGCGAAGAGGGCAACAACUUGAAAAAUAUACAACAAAUAAUAAUUAUGGCAGCUUCAACAAACAAAAUUCUGUAGUAAACGAAACAAAAGACGCCCAAAGCACGAUUUUUAAAUAGAAGAAAUAACAGAAACGCAAACUUUGGAAGCCAAAACCACAAAUAUAUUGCUAACAAUAUACAUAUAAAAGAUAGCUGAAGGUUCACGCCAAAGCAGGCGUCGCAUCCUGAACAGCUCGAAAAAGAAAAUAAGAGUAAAGGAAAAUAUACAGAAUAUAGUAUAUCGCUGCCAUGGCCAGCAGCGCGACGAACGUCGACGGCGGAAGCGGGACGUCGACGGCGCUGCCAUCGCUCUUUCCCGCCGUCGGUGCCGCUGCCGGUGUAAAGGAUAUGGACGGACUAAUGGCCAUUAAUGAUAGCGCCCUAUCGCAACAGAUCGAAUUUAUACUGCAGGAUGCUCCCAUGGAGCAGGACGAUGAUCCUCACCAGCAUUCGCAUGUGCAUCACCACCAUCACUCGCAGCAUCAUCCUCACUCGCAUUCGCAUCAGCAGCAGCAGCAUCUUCAGCAGCAACAGCAGCAGCAGCACCACCAUCCGCAUCAUCAUCUGAAGCUGGACAACAGCAGCAACAACCACCCACCGACAGCAGCAGCAGCAGCAGCCGUAGCAGUAGCAACAACGGCAGCAACAGCAGCCACAUCAACCAACAACAGCAGCGCUUCCUUCAGCAGCAGCAGCAUCAGCAGCAGCAGUAGCAAUAGCAACAACAGCAAUCACUUGGACAGCCAGCAACAGUUGCUCAUACAGCAACAGCAGCAACAUCAUUUGUUAAACGGACGCCGCAUUAUAAUCCAGGCCACGGGCAACUCGUCCGUUUUGGCCGCCAGCGAUAUCAAGGAGGAGGACGAGGAGGAGGAAGAUCCCGAGCUGAACGAUGAGAAUCUGCAGGAUAUCGAAGAGGAGGCUCAGGCAGCCGAGGCCGAUGAGGAGCCCGAAACUACCGCGCAUUUGUCCACGCAAGUUAAGCUGGAGCUGGAAGAGGAUGAGGAAGUGCCCGACGAGGAGGAGGAAGAGGAUGAGGACGAUGACGAGGAAUUGCAGCACGGCCAGCUGGAGUACCAAAUUAGUGCGGCCACGCAAACAGCCACUGCAGCGACGAGUAGUGCUUCUGGUGGAUCUGCAACAACCGGAGGAUCCCAGCAAUUGGUACAACUGCCCGCCGGGAGUAUCGUGAGCACUACCACCCACCGAUUGUCGGUGCCCGUGACCGAGGCGGCUCUAGUGCAGCUGCAACGACGACCUGUCUACAUAAGCAACGCUGUGGGCGGGUUAACAGCCGGCACAACCUAUGUAAGAAUGCCGGCGGCCGCCGUGAUUAGCCGGAGUCCCAUGACGGUGCUGAAUGUGGUGCAACAGGCGUUGCCGGCCACUCAGCUGAUAUUGCAAACACAACAGCAACAAACGCCGGCAGCGGCAGCGGCUGAACAGCAAUUGGCCUUGGCCUUGGAGCAGCAAAGGCAGCAGCAGGAGCAGCAGGCCCAGCAACAAAGGCAGCAACAGCAAGAACAGCAACGGCAGCAGCAGGCGCAACAAGAACACCAGAGGCAGCAGCAACAGCAACAGCAGCAGCAAACCCAUCCAGUGAAACAUUCAGCAUCCAGCUCUUCCUCCACCAACAACAGCAACACAAGCUCCACCAACAGCAACAAUAACCCGCCGGCAGCGACUGUGACCACCAGUUACCAGUGCGUCGAGUGUGUGGAGAAGUUCGAUUCCAAGGAGCUCUUCGACAUCCAUCGCAGUGGCCACGCAAAUAACAUGAAGUGCGCCAUCUGCAACAUGGUGUUGAAGUCCCUGAAGAACUACGAGAAGCACUGCCUGCGCUGCAAGCCGUACGAGUGCCAGAUAUGCGGUCGAGUCGUUCGCUUCCGGCCGAACUUCAUCAAGCAUAUGCGUGUGCAUACGGGCCAGCAGUCGGAGCGGCACAAAUACAAGUGCGAGGUGUGCCACAAGGAGUUUAUGAGCUUCGAGUACUUCAAGGUGCACAAGAAGAUCCACAACGAGAAUGUGAACCUCACUUGCGAGAUCUGCGGCAAGGUGUUCAGUGCCCUGGCAUCGCUGCGCGGCCAUUCCAAGCUGCAUUCGGGUGUUAAGCUGCACAAAUGCGACGUAUGCGGCAAGGGUUUCGGACAGCGCUACAACCUGAAGAUUCACGCCAGAACGCACACGGGUGACUUCCCCUUCGAGUGCAAGAUCUGCAAGAAGAAGCUGCACACACAGUCCUCGCUGCAGACGCACAUGCAGGUCCAUCUGCGGGAUCAACCUGGCGCGGUUGCGGCCGCCACAGCUGCCGGAGCAGCCUCCUCGAAGGCCAGCAAUAGCAGCAAUUCGAGCAACAGCAGCAAUUCCAGCAGCAGCAAUUCCAGCAGCAACGGCGUAUCGGCAGCGGUUGCGGCGGCAGCCACAACGACUACAAUUGUCAAGCUGGAGCCGCCGCACGAGAUGGAGAGGCCAGGCACCAGUAGUAACCAGCAGUUGCAGCAGUCGCAACACCAUCAAAUGGAACUAGACGAUCAGUCGGGACUGAGCGGGGACGAGGAGGAUGGCAGCGGCGGCGGUAUGAAUUCCUCCUCGCAUAUUGUGAACGCAACCACCAAUCGCUUGACCACCGGCGAGGACUCAUCGGAGUCCUCGAAUGCCUCGCUACACCUGAACCAGCACUCCUCCACCUCAUCCUCGCCAGCCUCGCAGCACCAAGUGUCGUCGCACCAGCAGCAUGUGCAUCAGCAGCAGCAACAGCACUCGCAGCAGCAAUAUCUCGUUUCGGCACCAACAAGAACGAUCGUCAUUAAGAACUACAUGCAGCAGGGAUCCCAGCAGCACCAGCAGCAGCAACAUACCUCCGAUCCAACGCCCGUGCUGCAUGCACAGGUCAUCCAGAGCGGUGCAGGCACCAGCAACGGCACCGGCAACACCCCCUCCUCCAAUAGCAGCAGCAACAGUAGUACCAACAUUGCCACCAGCAACUCCGGCGGCAAUCUCAGCAAUGGCUCGCAGUUGAUACGAAAGACGCCAAUCAUACAUCAUUCAACUGGUAGCAGCAAUGGCAGCGUAGGCUCCGCGCUGACCAGUGUGGUGCAGCAAACAGGUGUUAUUUCGCCAGCUCAAUCGCCGUCAUCAUCCUCGACCUCUUGCUCCUCAUCCACGGUGCUGGUUUCCAAGGCCACUGGUGUGCCACUAUCGAUAGCUUCCUCGGCGGCGGCUGCACUCGGAGGCUCCACUAUCAUACGUAGCACAAGGAAUCACCAGCAGCAGCAACCAGCCCAACAACAGCAGCGGGCAACGCAGCGCAACAACCACCGAAAUCACCACCGACGCCGUCAUCUGGCGGAUAUGGAUGACGAUGAAGAUGAAGACGAAGAUCAGCCGCAGCAGCAGACGCAGCAAACGCAACAGCAUCACCAUCAUCACAGUCAUCAUCACAACCAUCACAAUCAUCAUUUCGAUGACGAUGAUGACGAUGAGAAAUCGUCACCGUCCCUGGCCACAGCAGCCAUUAUAAAAGUGGAACCGAAUCUGUAUUCUUCGGGCUCUGGUGACAACUCCAACGAUAUGUUCAUCAAAGAGGAGGUGAUGUUUGAGGAUUCGGCUGCCCUGCAUUCCCCACAAUCACCGCCAAGCUCGAAAUUCCGUAUCUCCAAUUUUGAUAGUGAUCUGGUUGAUCAUCAUGUUGAUCUGAAUCAUUCGCUGCCGCCGUAUGGUAAUUUGUUUGAACCGCAUUCCAUACCGGAUAGCAUACCGGUGCAGCUGUAUCCGGAUGAUGACGAUGACUUUCGGCUGGAUCAUAGUUCGCUGGGUGGACUGCACAACACAACGUCGUCGUCGACCACCGAUGGGGACUUCAUCAAGAAGGAAUGGGUAUACGGCACGGGCGCUAGUUCCUAUGCCAUGAACGGCAAGUUUGAUGACGACAGCGAUGCCCUGUGCGAUGCGGCCAAUUUCAUUUACAAUUGAGUGCAGGCAGCCACUGCCGUUGUGGUGGAUCAUCAUCGUCAUUCGUAUUGGAAACGGAGGAGGCAUCCGCGUCAUCAGGUGAAUCCGGUGUUUGAUGUGGAGGAGCACGAGAAGGAAGAGGAGGCGGAGGUUGAGCAUCACCAGCAGCAGCAGGAGGAAGAGCGAAAUGUGCAGGAGGAACUGGAACAGGAACAGGAUCAGCAACGCAAUGUCCUGCGACGCGUCCACGAUGCAGCCAUGUGGAGCUGAGGAAUCGGUUUACCCAGAUUCAUAGCUGUACCACGUAUAUAUAUAUAUAUAUAACAUAUGUCCCCCCGAUAUACCCAAAUUCACACACACCACAAAACACAUCAAAGAGGGUGAAUCGAAUUGCGUAGGGUGCAAAAACCAAUUUAUGAACAAUUCUAACUAAUUUCGCUGUUCAAACUUUAGAGCUAAUUACGUUUUAGUGCUGCUCGAAUCGGAAUCAUAGGUUUUAUUCAUGCAAUAGCCACAGGGACAUGUCUUUUAUAGGCAAAGGAAUCAGGAAAAUAUCAACUUAUUGGGCGGAAAAGAAAAAGUUAAUUGUGUAAUAGGCUUUUGUAACGGGCUUUAAAAACAUCGAUUUUUAGGAAAAUUUAUUUUGAGUGAUUUAUCAGCUGGUUUUAAAAUAUCUGGUAUUAUUCAAAAGAAAACAAUGUGUAUUUUUUUGAAAUACCCAAAUUAUAGUUCUAAGCUGACAUUUUGGAUCUUCCCAAAGGAAAGAAAAAAAUUUGCGGUUUUUUUUUUUUGAUUAAGAUAAAAAAUGUAAGGUUAAGGCCUAAAAUCAAUAUUGUAACUAAAGUUUCCAAAGCCAAAUUAUUUAGAAUUAUCCAUAGAAGACUUCCAAAUUGCUCUAUUUUACUUUUUUGCAACGCAAACAUGUCGAGCCACCCUUCUAUUUAUACAUAUAUAUUGCUAAUAUAUAUUGAACACAUACUUAUCCUAUAUGUCCACCAUAUAGACAAUUUGCUAUCUCUGUUGCGCUCGUGAUGAUCUUAUAACGUGAUCUUAAGUCUAAAUCAAUGUGUAAAAUUUAAUGUUUGUUUUUAACUUGCUUCCGUUCAAACCUUUUCUCCCAGUGUGUAAUUUUUCUCCGUUUCCGUUUGUUGUAGUUGUUUAUCUUGUCUUCUUGCUCUCUCACUCUGUGUGUCUCUGUCUCUGUUGCUCUCGUGUCCUCUCUGUCACACUCCCCGUCUCACUCUGAUCUGUUUAUAAGAAGUGUGUACAAUUUUCGCCCCACUUUUAGUGUAAAAAUGAAGAAAAUCUCAAAUGAACUUGUAACUUGAUGUGAAACACGAAUUGUUUAUUAUAAGUUUUAAAUUUUACAUAUCAUUUAUCCUUAUUGUGUACUCUAAUCUCUGUUUUUAACUUUCCGUAUGGCCCAGCACAUUGUAUUUCCUAUUGCGAACCCUAAUUUUAGUUGUAUAGUUUUGCAUUUGAUCUCUCGGCUUUAGUUUUUGCAUUCAAAGCGAAAGAAAAUUCAGUUCCUGUGUAAUGGCAAAGAUAACUUGAGAAAUUGUAUUAUAAUUUAAUGGACUAGGCAAUCAAUGUGCUGCUUUCUUGCGGAAAGGUAUAUGUAUGAACCAUAUCUCUCUGUCACUCGAGGAUCCUACAGUAUUGGCUCCAAAAACAACCUAAUCAAAUCAAAAAAGAUUAAAUUAAGUGAAAAACCGCUUUAA